CCUAAAUCAGAACGCCUUCCUGCUGGCCGCAGUGAUUGCGAAAUCAAAUAUCAUUCUACGGUCUGAAAGUAUUAGAUGUCAUGAUCCCCAGUGAAUUUUCUCUGUACACUUUUUCCCCUGCCAUCUACUGAUUUGCCUGAGCUGGAGUUGUUCUACAUCGUGACCCUUGUCUCUAAGCGAAUAAGCUCAACGGCAUCUAUCUCUUUGUCUAGCUCUUUCUUCUCAUAUCUCUACAGGAGCUGCCAUCGUUCUUUCGCAGUUUCACCUAUCUUUUCUAUCUAUUACUUUUUAAUCUCGCAACUUCCACUGCGAAUCGUUACAUUGGUUUCAUUCCUUGCUUUGCUUGGAAGAGGCACUAGCUUUAGAGGAUAUUUCAGGGUCAUUUGAUACCCAUCCCUUUUUUUUUUCGAGCAGAUUGCGGACUCGGCCAAUGACAUGUUAAGACGACUAAGUUUUCAAGCCUAGGUUGAAAUCAAAAGAUCAUUGCAUCAUCCUCCCAAUGGCUAUGGAACAGGAUGGUGACACCCUGAUGGGAGAGGCAGGCCCCCAUCAACCCAGCGCUAGUGCUUCACAUGGCCAUCCUAUCAGCAAUCCCAGCGUGCCAGCAAUUCCAGGGACUCUCAACGGAGGAACUGACCCUUGGCUUGCUCCACCGCUUCUAGGGCAGUCUAUGAAUCUGCCUCUGCCUGCUCAAUUGGGCGAUCAGCAUGCGGCUACACCAGCUGCUCAAGCACAACCCACAGUGCCAUCAAGUGUUCCGGAAACGUCAGCAGGAGUUAGUGCUGCUGUUACUGAGCCUGCCAAAAGAGCAGACAGCAUUGUUGAGGAAACGUCAGACUGGUCUGAGGAGGAUUUAGGGGCGCGUGUAGGGCUUCCUCUUGCAUCUCUACCGUCAGGGCUCUGCUAUGAUGUCCAGAUGCGCUACCAUUGUGAGGUGCGGCCAACUGCAGAUGUUCAUCCUGAGGACCCGAGAAGAAUCUAUUACAUCUACAAGGAGCUAUGCCGAGCAGGGCUCGUUGAUGACCCCGAGUCUUCAAGACCGCUUGUCGCACGACCUCUCAAACGUAUUCAUGCUCGCAAUGCCACCGAGGCUGAGAUCUCUCUCAUUCACACCCCGGAUCAUUUUGCCUUUGUUGAAAGUACAAAAGACAUGUCCGAUGAUGAGCUCAUUGCUUUGGAGCAUACGCGUGACUCAAUCUACUUCAACAAGUUGACAUUUGCAUCUUCCCUCUUAUCAGCUGGAGGAGCGAUUGAGACAUGUCUAGCUGUAGCCACUCGCAAGGUUAAGAAUGCCAUAGCUGUCAUUCGGCCGCCAGGGCACCAUGCAGAACACGACAAGACUAUGGGAUUUUGUCUGUUCAACAAUGUUUCCGUUGCGGCGCGUGUCUGUCAGAAUACUCUCGGAGAAAGCUGCAGGAAAAUUUUGAUCGUCGAUUGGGACGUUCACCAUGGCAACGGUAUUCAGAAAGCGUUUUACGACGACCCCAAUAUUCUCUACAUCUCCCUUCAUGUCUAUCAAGACGGAAAGUUUUAUCCCGGAGGGGACGAGGGCGACUGGGACCACUGCGGAGCUGGCGCCGGUAUUGGAAAGAAUGUCAACAUCCCCUGGCCUAGCCAAGGUAUGGGCGAUGGCGACUACAUGUAUGCUUUCCAACAGAUUGUGAUGCCCAUUGCGCAAGAGUUCAAUCCUGACCUGGUGAUCGUUGCGUCCGGCUUCGAUGCCGCUGCUGGUGAUGAGCUUGGAGGCUGCUUUGUGACACCCCCUUGCUAUGCUCAUAUGACACAUAUGCUUAUGACUCUCGCUCAUGGCAAAGUUGCUGUGUGUCUCGAGGGUGGUUACAAUUUCAGAUCGAUCUCCAAGUCUGCCCUAGCGGUCACGAAGACUCUCAUGGGGGAUCCGCCAGACCGCUUGCACUCAACACUUCCUUCAGAUCUGGCAACUUCUACUGUGAGGCGUGUCAUGAUGAUCCAAUCUCGGUAUUGGCGCUGUAUGUACCCGAAAGGGCCGCAGGAGCAGGGACUUUGGACUGAUAGGUUGCACGAUGUUAUUCGUGCCUAUCAAUCGAAGCAGCUGUACGAUAAUUUCAAACUCACCUCCCUAUACAUCUAUCGGACAUCGAUCUCGAAGUCGUUCGAGAAUCAAGUCCUGGCGAGUGCCAAUUACUACCAAGCCGUGCCUCUUAUUGUUAUUUUCCAUGAUCCGCCAGAAAUCAUGGGCUUGCCUCAUCCAGUCACCAACAAACUCGAGGCCCAUAACUGCUGGCUGGCUGAUUGCAUGAAGAACUAUAUCGGAUGGGCCAUCGGGAAAGGCUACGCUGUCAUUGAUGUCAAUAUUCCCAAACACGUGACGAUGGAGCCUACCACCGGAAGGUACGAAGACGAAGAUGAGAAUCGGCCUUCGGCUACCGAGGAAUUGGCUGGAUAUCUGUGGGACAACUACAUUGAACCCAAUGGGGCUACUGAGAUAUUCUUCGUCGGCAUCGGCAAUGCCUUUUAUGGAGUCGCGAAUCUCUUGAUCAACAGAGACACUCUCUACAAACGCGUCAAUGGUGUUAUAUCCUUUGUCGCUGAAAACCCCGUUCGAGCGAUAGCCUCCCACACUCAGGUCUGGCUCUCAAGGUGGUAUAAAGAUAACUCACUUGUCUUUGUAUCCCACACGCAUGGUGUGUGGAAUAAUGUGGAAACACGGCGUAAGCCGUCCAAACGCUACGGACACCUGAUCCAGUCGCCCAAGGCCGGACUCAGUGAGAUGCUGAUGCAUCAUAAAGACGAGGUCUUCAAGUGGAUCGAGGAAAGAGCUGAUGAAGCAGAAAGUGAAGAGGAGGAGGAGACCAAGAGCAAGAGUAAAAGCAAGAGCCGGUCCCCGACUAAGGAGAAGCCGGCUGAGCUUCCUCCUGGCCCUGGAUGAGCGGUGAAUAGGAUAUUUGGGCAUGUGUUGGUCUUGGGAUAGUACAUAUCAUACUAAUGUUCGCUUUUCUUCUUCUUAUUCUUCCCCUCGGAUUUGAAGGAAGCUUUGAUCUCGAGGGCGUCUCACUCGC